AUGUCGGAACGUGAGAAGAAAAUGGCGAAGCUCUUCCUUGUGCCAAAGAAAACCAGGUCUGCCAGGGCUGGUCUGCAGUUCCCCGUGGGUCGUGUCUACAGGCUCCUCAGAAGAGGGAACUACGCUGCCAGGAUCGGUGCCGGUGCUGCCGUCUUCCUGGCUGCAGUCCUGGAGUACCUGACAGCAGAGCUCCUGGAGCUGGCAGGGAAUGCUGCACGGGAAAACAAGAAAACCAGGAUCAUUCCCAGGCAUAUCCAGCUGGCUGUGAGAAAUGAUGAGGAGCUGAACAAGCUCUUCUGCUGUGUGACCAUUGCUCAAGGAGGGGUGUUACCUAACGUUCUUCCUGAACUUGUUCCUAAGAAGACCAUCUUGGUUAAACCACCCCACAAACACAUCUGCUCACAGGAGUUCUAG